AUGGCGAACAGUGUUGCUUCCCGAGCGGUGUUGGCUGCCAAGAACACAGUGAUGGUUCGUGAGAGUAUCGAUAAGAAGGAGGACGAAGCCGUGAAGUAUUGGAGUGAACGCAAGGAGAGCAUCGAGAAGGAGAUAGGUGACCUAAGUCGUCAAGCAGAUGAGUACAGGAGAAUGUUGGAUGAGAUUGACAAGAAAAUCAGCCGCGGAAUCGGACAGGGUUCCCAGGAGGCUGUUGUGGGAGAGAAACUCAACGAGUUUCCUGUUGAUGUCGAUACUGCGAAACCAGUCGAGUCACGAGAGCGCCUGGCCGCCCAAUUGAGGCUACUCGAAGUCUUUGGCUCUUCUGAAGCUAUAAUCUGUGAGCAAGGAACCUGCAAGCUAAAGCUGGUACCGCGUCACCACGCGCAGAUCGAAUCGACAGAGGGCUGGGCAGUCGGAGACUUUGACUUGACGACGUCUGUUGAGGAUAAUUGGAAGAAGCUUGCAUCCAUGUUGGGGGCCUAA